AUGGGGACUGCGGUCCUGUGGGGCCUGCUGGCCCUGCUGUGUCACCACACGCUGGUUAGCAGCCACAUACUGGGAAGGCCCUCCUCUACCAGUGAGCUGGCUCAGAUCAAGUCUUUACUUGAGCGCUUUGAGGAGACUCUGGCUGAUGCGGCCCAGGAGGAGGACUCUGAAGCUGAUUACGAAGGGACAAACCAGCAGCCUGAAAACAGCCAGGCCAGCAGGGGAUGGAACCUGGACCAGGAGGGGGAUCAAGAACCUUUGAUAUCAGAAAGAUCCCAAUUACCAGCCGAGGGCCACAGCAGGACCCCGAGUCAGAGGAGCCGUCUGCAGGACCUGCUGUUGACCGCCAGGAAACGGACCUCGGGCUGCUUUGGAGCCAGGAUGGAUCGAAUAGGAAAUGCCAGCGGUCUGGGAUGCAACAAUGGAAGAGGGUAG